AUGCAUCUCCUUCCUUUCGUCGCACUCGCAACAUGCGUGGUAGCUGUACCUGCACAAAUUGAUAUCCUGAUCACUUCUGAAGCCCCAGAGCACUCCAACACCAUCCACAACGCCAAUCAUGUCUUCGAAGAACCCAGCUGCGUCGCAGCCGUCGGAAAGCAAUGUGAACCCUGGAUCGAAGGUCGAACUUGCUGCCCAGGCCUCACCUGUAUCACCGCCUACCGCACGAUGAUCUGUGUCGAAGAGAACAUCUUCAUCAAGUCAAAGGUUCAUGUCGAAAACGAUAAGGAGAAGUGCAUGCCCGAAUGGAAGAUCCCAGAUAAGGACGAGAAUCAUUGGCUGUGUCACUUGGGAUGGGACAUCGGUACACCGCAUCCGUGCUGUGAUCCCGAGACUAGCUGCCAGAAGCUGCCGUACCCUCCUAUUCCGGAUGAAGGGUUUGGCUGGGGAUGUCUUCCAAAGAGACCGGAUGAGAAUGUGAGUUGA